AACACUAAGGCUUCAGAGAUCUCACCUGCGGUUAACAUCUGGUUAACAGUUAGUAACUAGCUACACCGUGGUAAUAUUACUGUAAUACACAAUAGUACUUCAGUAAUAGUACAGUAACUAACUGUUAACCACUGGUGACCAGAGGUCAGGUGACAAGUGUGCGGAGUAGUGAAGGUCUCUGUGGAGGACGUAUGCGGGGCAGGAGGAUUGGGACGCGGCCGGUUCUCUGAGGCAUAAACAUUGACUUUUGUCUCAGUUAAACUUCAGUCAACAGGUUCCAGUGACAGAAGAGACAGGUCAGUGGAGGACGGAGACACAGGAGACAGAUUCAUGGAGGACAGACACCAGAGCCGGAGCAGGGGAACCGAACUCAGUGGAGCCUCACACUCAGAGGUCAGCAUGUUGUUUCUGUGACGACGACCCUGCUGUACUCAGCGGACUCCUGUGACGCGCCGCGGUUUCUACUGCUGUCCUCUGAUUGGUCAGCUGUUACCUCUCCGACAGGAUGCAGCUGAACAGUCAAAUGUUUAGGCGGAGCUCCAGACUCAAGAAGUUGACGGCUGUGCUGCUCGCCGCCUAUGCCGUCAAAAAACUGUCCCCGUACGUCUGGAGGAGGAUACAGAGAAGUGCAGCAGGAAAACAGCCGGGUGGAGCUAACCUCCCUGUGGGCGUGGUCACUUCUUCUGAGGAGACUAGCAGAGAGAAGAAGAUUGACAGCAGGUCUCCGUCAGUCAACAGGGAGUUUGUCGUCAGACUGUCUCGUCUGUUGAAACUUUUGUUUCCACGGUUACUAUGUCCAGAGGUCGGUCUGUUGGUUCUGCACUCCAUCACUCUGAUGUCCAGGACCUUCCUGUCCAUCUACAUUGCUGCUCUGGAUGGUGUGAUCGUCAGGUGUAUCGUGCAGAAGGACCCUCAGGCGUUCAUGCUGCAGAUCUCUAAGUGGCUCCUCGUCGCUGUUCCUGCAACUUUCAUCAACAGCGCCAUCAGAUUCCUGGAGGGUCAGCUGACCCUUAGGUUCAGGAGCCGAUUGGUCAACCACGCCUACCAGCUGUACUUUACCAACCAGACCUAUUACCGCGUCAGUAACAUGGACACUCGUCUGUCCAACCCUGACCAGUCUCUCACUGAAGACAUCGUUAUGUUCUCAGCGUCAGUCGCUCACCUCUAUUCCAACCUGACCAAACCCAUCCUGGACGUGGUCGUCACCUGCUACACGCUGCUGCGUACCGCCCACUCCAAAGGAGCAAACACCACCUGGCCCUCCGUCAUUGCUGGCCUGGUGGUGGCGUUCACAGCCAACAUUCUGCGUGCAUGCUCGCCUCGAUUUGGGAAACUGGUUGCUGAAGAGGCGAAGAGGAAAGGAGACCUGAGAUACAUGCACUCACGCAUCAUCGCCAACUCUGAGGAGAUUGCAUUCUAUGGAGGACACAAGGUGGAGAUGGCCCAGCUGCAGAGGAGCUACUCCUCCCUGUCGUCUCAGAUCCAUCACAUCCUGUUGAAGCGUCUCUGGUACGUCAUGUUGGAACAGUUCCUCAUGAAGUAUGUUUGGAGCACAUCCGGCCUGGUGAUGGUUGCUGUGCCGAUCAUCACCGCCACAGGAUACUCCAAAUAUGACUCUGAGGAGGUGAAGCUGGCUGCCAUGGUGAUGAAGGAGGAAGAGUUGGUGAGCGAGAGGACGCAGGCGUUCACCACGGCGAGGAACCUCCUGAACGCUGCUGCUGACGCUGUGGAGAGAAUCAUGAGCUCAUACAAGGAGGUGACUGAGCUGGCGGGUUACACAGCUCGAGUCUCUGAGAUGUUGGACGUGUUUGAAGACGUGAAUCAGGGAAUCUACCGUCGCUAUGGUGACAGAGAGGAGGCGUCACCUGGAGGCGGAGACGUGAUCCAACAUGGUCACAGAGUCUGUGGACGACUGCAGACCAGAGGUCAUGUGAUCAGUGUGGAGAAGGGGAUUCGCUGUGAGAACUUGCCAAUCAUCACACCGAACGGAGACGUGGUGGUGUCCAGCCUCAACAUUCAG